AUGAGUUCAGGCGCUGUGUGUGGCUAUGUCCUCCGUCGUAUCAAGGAAACCCCCGAGGCCCGACUCCCCUUUCUUGCUCCUCUUCUCAGGACCAGCCCAUCUGUCCCUCUCUGUCCCUCAUCCGCUCGCCGGCCGGCCGGUCAUUUCUACCUAAGCAGUCACUCAAUUUCCUGGACGGUGCGGCCAAGGUCUCGACGUGCGGGAUCACGCCGGGGCCGCCGGCACCGCGGCACGAGGCCCGGGCGAGUCGGGCCUCUCUCCGGGGGUGGCCGCGCGAGUGCCCCCACCGGUGGCGGCGGCGUCCGCCCCGGGCCGGGAAGGAGGACGCACUGCGGCGAGCCGGUGCCCCGGGAAAGGCGCGCGCAGCCGCCUUGGCCUCGGGCGCCCGCCUGCCCGCAUUGUCUCAGCUCCAUAGCAACUCGGCGGCGGCGGGGGCCACGCGCGCUGCGCGGCGUCGGCGCGCGCUCCGGCUCCCGCUCCGGCUGCCGGGGAGAGACCGGCGCUACCUGGCGAUGGCGCCCUGACGGCCCCGCGCGGGCGCCGGGAACGGCGGCGGCAUGCCCGAGAAGCGGCUCACCGCGGAGCCACCAGAUAUUACAGAAGAAGGAUUUGAAGAUUCUUUGGCAACAGAUGAUUUCCUUGUGGACUACUUUAAUGAAUUCCUAAGCCUUCCAGAAUUACUGAAGAAAGCUGAGUCAGUUAUACACAAUAAAAAUGAAUGAAUGGAUGGAUGGAUGAUAUGAAAGCUGGAAUUUUUCUAGCCAUUAAAAGUAUUCUGUA